AUGUGGACAUCGCUGUCGCUCUGGUUAACCGUGACAAUCAUCACCACAAAGCAAAUUGGUUACAUGUCCACUGAAGAUUUUCCAGAAGAUGGGGAAUUGGACUCUAUAGGACUCGCCACAAAAUAUGGACACCCGCCGAUACAAUACAACGUGAUCACAGAAGAUGAGUACAUUCUUGCUGUGUACCGGCUCCCGGGUAAAGGUAAUGGUACUCCUAUAUUAUUCACGCACGGUCUCAUGGAUUCCACGGAUACCUUCUUGAUGAGAGGAAACACCUCCCUCCCGAUCACUCUCGCCAACAAGGGCUACGACGUGUGGUUGGCCAACACCAGAGGCAACAGAUACACCCGAAGCCACCGGCACCUCGACCCCGACACCGACCCUGCAUUCUGGAACUUUACCUUCCACGAGAUGGGCUACUACGACCUCCCAGCUAUCAUUGACCUCGUUCUGAACGAGACCGGCGCAAAGAAUCUAACCGCCAUCGGGCACUCCCAGGGUAACACUGUAUACUAUGUACUCGGCUCGGAAAGACCAGAGUACAACUCGAAGGUCAAUGUUUUGAUAGCACUCGCACCGAUGGCGUAUGUGCACAACACUCCCCCACCUGUAUCUACCAUAGCCAAAUUGACACCGAUUAUUACUAAACUCGCCAAGGAUCUUAACAUAUAUGAAUUACUCGGAGACACCACUGUGUUAGGCCAGAUUUCUCAUAAGCUAUGUUCCGUACCAGUUAUCGGUUACACAUUAUGUGGUUAUGGAUUGUUGUACCCUUCAGUAGGUUCCGAUCCUACGGAGUUGGAACCGGAGUUCUUCCAAAACCUCGCUCCACAUUACCCCGGAGGAAGUUCCGUCGUGAGUCUCUUGCAUUACUUGCAAGUGGGGUACAGAAAGACGUUCGCGCAGUACGAUCACGGAAGCGAAACUAAUCAAAAGAUUUACAAUUCUUCAGAGCCUCCAGUGUAUCAGUUGGAUCGAGUCACAAUGCCGAUAGCUCUGUUCGCCGCCGCGAACGAUAGAUUCUCCUCUGUAGCUGAUGUGGAAAUACUGAGGAAACAACUGCCAAAUGUCGUGUACUACCUCCUGAAUCCUCGUUUGAUCUGCAAUCAUGUAGACUACGUGUGGGGGCGAACCGCGUCUAAUUACUUGUAUCCGCACAUAAACAUCAUGCUGAACCGCUACAACCCCUUGUAG